UGAUACAUCUGAGAAUUCAUACAGGAUAGAAACAUUUGAACGUGUUUUUUGUGGGAAAAAUUUCAGUAUCAAUUCUAAUCUCAUUAGCCACCAGAUGAUUCACACAGGCGAGAAACUCUGUAAAUGUCUUGAAUGUGGGAAUAGUUUCAGUCAGAAUUCUCAUCUCCUUGCACACCUGAGAACUCACACAGGAGAGAAACUGUUUGAAUAUCCUGAUUGUGGGAAACUUUUGAGUCAGAAUUCCCACAUUAGCCACCAGAGGACUCACACAGGAGAGAAACUCUUUGAAUGUCCAGAUUGUGGGAGAAGUUUCAGUACCAAUUCCAGCCUGGUGAAACACCAGAGGACUCACACAGGAGAGAAACCGUUUAAAUGUCCUAAUUGUAAGAAAAGUUUCAGUCACAAUUCCAGCCUGGUGAUACAUCAGAGAUCUCACACAGGAGAGAAACCCUUUGAAUGUCCUGAUUGUGGGAAAAGUUUCAGUCAGAAUUCCAGCUUGGUGAUACACCAGAGAUCUCACACAGGAGAGAAACCCUUUGAAUGUCCUGAUUGUAGGAAAAGUUUUAGUAACAAUUCCAACCUUAUUAACCACCAGAAGAUUCACACAGGAGAGAAACCCUUUGAAUGUCCUGACUGUGGAAAAAGUUUCAGUACCAAUUCCAGCCUUGUGAUACAUCAGAGGACUCAUACAGGAGAGAAACCCUUUGAAUGUCCUAAUUGUGGGAAAAGUUUCAGUCAGAAUUCCAGCCUGGUGAUACACCAGAGAACUCACACAGGAGAGAAACCCUUUGAAUGUCCUGAUUGUGAGAAAAGAUUUAGUACCAAUUCCCACCUUAUUAGCCACCAGAGGACUCAUACAGGAGAGAAACCCUUUGAAUGUCCUAAUUGUGGGAAAAGUUUCAGUCAGAAUUCCAGCCUGGUGAAACACCAGAGGAUUCACACAGGAGAGAAACCCUUUGAAUGUUCUGAUUGUGGAAAAAGUUUCUCUCAGAAUUCCCAGCUCGUGAUACACCAGAGGACUCACACAGGAGUGAAACCCUUUAAAUGUCCUGAUUGUGGGAGAAGUUUCAGUCACAAUUCCAGCCUGGUGAGACAUCAGAGAACUCACAUAGGAGAGAAACCUUAUGAGUGUCCAGACUGUGGGAAAGAUCUCAGUACUAGGGUUAACCUUCUAAAUCAUAUGCUUAUACACACAGGGGAGAAACCAUUUAAGUGCCCCAAGUGUGGACGGUCCUUCAGGAAACAUUCCGCCCUUAUUGCACACAAGAAAAUCCACCUGAGACCCAAAGUGAUCAGUAUAGGGAAGGCAUGAAUUUCAUUUCUAACGUCCCAUUAUAAGUCCAGCUGAGAAACUGACUUAUUUAAUUUGACUGCAAAGAAUUUGCCUGAUUUUUUUUGUAGACAAAUAUGUAAGAAGGAUGUGGUGGCUCAGUGGCUAAGAC